AUGUCCGUCAAUCGUCAGCGACAAGUCAAUAUGAUGCCGCGAGGCCCGUCAAGUGCUGCUCGAUAUUUGGUCGACGCAGAACGUGGCCGGUCGCUUUCGCGCUCAAGUCACCAUUCGUCUGACUCCAGCUCAGCAGUAUUGGUUGGCGCGACUCCUAGUCCAGAACUCGUCAAGCCCCCAUCACCGUUCAGCUACGCCCCCUCGCCCGUACCCGUUGUUGGUGAACUCGAGCAGCCAUACGUGGUCUAUGAGAGCCCAGCUUCGAUUUCUCCACCCUACAGAGCCUACGCAGUGGGUAACGGCCACGACGAAGAUGUCAGCCCAAUUGCCACCUCCUACCGCCGUCGCAGUCCAUCAGUUGCGUCGGUUACAGACCUUGCCAGCCAGGUCCAGGCAACGUCCCUUGAGGCAACACCAUCAGAUUCCCAAUCCCGAAUCAGAAUCGGCUACAACGUUUCUCUUCGUCCGUCACGGGCGGCCUCACCUGAAUACUACGACUAUUCUUCUCCCCAAGUGGUUACGGUCGAUGCUCCUCUUACUCCGGUCGUGCCUAAUAGUCUACCCCCGCCAAUGCCCGAAUCUCAUUCUUCCUCUCAAAGCCGUUGGCACUACCCUCCUUCUGAACACAUCCAGUCGCCAACGCUGACUCCAACCUUGCCGUCAGUCUUAGCUGCACCCGUCUCAAACGACCAGGGGAUCGGCUGCUACCCCAAUGCCGCUCCAAAACCCAUUCGCCCAGUUCUUUUGACAUCGUCGUCGUCAAGCUCUGAGUCUUCUGUUUCCCGGACCCAUUCGCCUAUCGUUGCCCCGAGACGCAAAGUUUCUACCGUCAAGAUUUCUCCUCAUACCAUCGCACCCGAGCCAGUGGCUAUCCCCACUGCGGGCCCUUUCACGUGGCCUUCGAGUCAGCCCCAGCCACACGCCCCGCAAACUCAAGACUAUUAUGGUGGAUGGCAAACGGCUAGUCAUCCUUCGGCAUAUCCAGUAUGGGGCAACUAUACUUCGCAGUCUUACUACGGCAAUUUCGAUGAGAAUGUCCCUGUGAAGCCGGAAAGACACCCGCGAUUCUGGUUUGCGGAUGGGACGGUCGUGUUUGUGGCGCAAGGCACCGAAUACCGAGUCCAUCAAUUCUUGUUGAAAGACAUGUAUCCCAUGUUCUACCAGCACCAGCCGAAGAAGAUGCUCGACCAGUUCUUCUCGGUGCUCUACCCGUCCGAAUAUACUGAACACGACUGCAAGACCGCGGAAGAUUGGAUAGCGAUCCUUCCCAUUGCUUGCCAUCACCCCAAGGUCCUCCGUCUCGCAGUACAACAGCUGGCGAAGACUGCCUCUGCCGUGGACAAAAUUCAUCUCGCCCGCACCAGCUAUCACGCGUUCGGCAAGUCCAUCGACCUCGAUGUCGCCGGCGCCUAUAUGGAGCUUGCGCUCCGCAAGGAGCCGUUCACGGACGCCGAGGCGGACAAGCUCGGUUUGGAGGGUGUCAUGCGGGUCGCGAAGGUGAAGCACGAGUUGGCGGAGAAUCUGGAGGCGUAUCUGGACAAGGAGAAGGUCCGGGAAAUGGUGACGGCGCUUUUGUAA